AUGGGGGCGUCGCUCUCGAACUUGACGGAGGGGGCGAACGGGUCGGGUCUGGGUCCGGGUCUGGGCGACAUCCCGGAGAACUGCGUCGCCUGCGUUUUCAUGUACCUGACUCCGCCGGAGAUUUGCAACCUCGCCAGGCUCAACCGGGCGUUCCGCGGCGCGGCGUCGUCGGAUGCGGUUUGGGAAUCGAAGCUGCCCCCUAAUUACCAUGAUCUGCUUGAUUUGCUGCCUCCCGAGAGGUACCAGAACCUGUCGAAGAAGGACAUCUUUGCCCUCCUCUCCCGCCCCGUGCCUUACGACGAUGGCAAUAAGGUAUUGUGGCUUGACAGGGUGACCGGAAGGGUUUGCAUGUCGAUUUCUGCAAAGGCCAUGGCUAUAACAGGGAUUGAGGAUCGGCGAUACUGGAACUGGAUUCCUACAGAAGAAUCAAGGUUUCAUGUUGUAGCUUAUUUACAACAGAUAUGGUGGUAUGAGGUGGAUGGGGUUGUGAAGUUCCCUUUUCCAGCGGAUAUCUACACCCUGUCUUUCAGGCUUCACAUUGGAAGAUUUGCAAAAAGGUUGGGACGGCGUGUUUGCAACUUUGAGCACACCCAUGGUUGGGAUAUAAAGCCAGUACGAUUUGAGUUGUGGACUCCAGAUGGUCAGCAAGCAUCAUAUGAGUGCUGCUUGGAUCAAAUUGAACAUGAUGAUGCCUAUGGCAGUCAUAAGCGUGGAUGCUGGGUUGAUUACAAGGUUGGUGAGUUUAUUGUCACUGAUGCAGAUCCUGUGACGGAAGUUAGAUUUUCCAUGAAACAGAUUGAUUGCACACAUUCCAAAGGUGGGCUAUGCGUCGAUUCUGUUUUUAUUAUCCCUAGUAAUUUGAAAGAGCGCAAAAGAAAAGGGGUUUUGAAGUAGCCAGACGUUGAACAGGGAAGUUGUUAAUUCAAAUGAAUGUACCCACAAGAUUUAAGCUGGGAUUUAUGUACACCUUAUACUUCUGAACGCAUAAGAUGUUCAAGAGGAGAUGCCAUCUUAUUUGGUUUUUUGCAGUAGGUGUGUGUCCUCUAUGGUCAUGUAAUUGAUCCAGUUUUGUUCAAUUCUCUACCUUGCAGAUUAGAAUUAGAUUAAGGGAACAUACUUUUGUAUGAACUUUUUUUUUGUCUUUCUCACUGUAAAGCAUUUCUGUAACUUAAAUGUGAUGUCAAUUUACACUGUCUUUUCUUUUUGGUUACA